AUGAAUCCUCUCCCAAGUCGAACAGAGUAUCGCUUUAACCCAUUCGAGCCGCACCCUGAGCUUGACGAUGUGGACAUUUCCGGGCUAGAAGACAUCGAUUGGAACAAUAACAGUGACGCAUUCGGCAUGUACGCUGCCCGAGGUUUUGCGCCUCCCAAGACCCAGACGCCGUCAGAAGUUCGUCAUGAAUCUCAGCAAAGGAAGAAGCAGAUAUCUGUCUCCUUCAACCUUCUCAGGGCGAUUGUUGACCGACACGAGGCCAAGAUUCAGAGGCGAUGGGAGAAGAAGACGAGGACACAGCGACUGAAGCUGUUGCUUGAGGCUUGGCCAGACAUGCCGGCUACACACCGCCCCGAUUUUGCGGUUUUUCGCAAGUACUCAAAGCAGCUGCAGGAAGCAGUAGCAGCGCAGUACCGCGGAUGCUUUAUUUGGCCCUACAUCAACCAGGAGGAUCUGGCCAGGCCAAAGACACUGCCAUUGCUGCUCAACGCCAGGGCAAGAAAUCACCCUAGCGUUUUUGCGGCCGCUGAUGGCGACGUGAUGCAGUUUGGAAACUUGACCAUGUUUCUUGUGCCCAUAUUUCUCAAUGGGUAUGUCAUGAUGUUGAACGGCGUCACUGCAGAGAACGAAUAUGGCAGAUUAGUUGGUUGGGAUGAGCACGACGAGGCGUUCGACUGGAUGACCUCCCGCAAACAGUUUCUGCCGGGAGAAGGUCUUGCCAUUUUGGAAGCCCAGAGUCGGCUUCUAGAAUUCCUUGUUUCCUGCUGUCAGCAAAUUCUUCACGAGAUUCCAGCGGAGGAACUAACCAGUGAUGUGUAUCCGAUUGAACCAGAGCCGCCGCUCAAAGCCAACAAUGACCCCAGUGGCCUGGCUUCAUUAGCCACUUUGGCGGAGGAAGCACCGUACCGAGUCCCUGCUAAUCUUGACUUGGAGAACAUCGAAUCGCUGUUGGCUGCACGAGCUUCACACGCCGCAGAGCACAUCUGGGCUUUGCGUGAAGAUCCAAGCUACUUUGCAGACGAGCUCCUUGAGGGCAAGGAACAUCGGCAGGAGAUAUUGAAAGAUGUAGACGGAAAAAGCCAUCCCACCUUGAAGUAUCCACGGGAGAAAUUGCUGUGGGCUAGGAUCAUUGGCAGUGUGGUUGUUGAGUCGACCCUCCAAUUGGAGAUGUUCUUGGAGCUUCGCGAUCAAGCACGCGAGCUCAAGGCCCUCCAAAAGAAGUGGGCGUCUAAAAUAUCGCCGUUGAAAGAUCUCCCAGAAGAAUACCUGCAGGCUCUACUUAAAUUCCGCCAUUACCUCAACCAAAUUGCCAAAGGGCCUCUCAAUCAGCUCAAGACUGCCGUUCCGGCGUCACCACCAAUGAGAAAUUUCUUCGUCCGAGCUGUACCCGAGUCGCCAACUUCAUCCAAAAUCCGCUUAAUGCAAAAGCCCAGCGUGAAGGUGGAUAAGACAACUGAGCACGUGCUGUGGUUGCUACGGACUCUGUGGGAAGAUGACCGCACAUUAUUCUUCUGCCGCUUGCCUGUUAUCGUGGAUGAGCUGGAGAGACUGAUCCAGGCAGACCAGAAGGCUCGGGACCUCAUCUCUCCAUACGUCGCCUUCAUAAUCGGCGACCUCUCCAUUGUUGCCGAAUGCUUGAGACAGCUUCAGGUUUAUCAACCUUGGGCCAAUGGGUUUGAAAAUGCGCUAGUAGACCGAGAGGAGGGUAUUAAAAGCGAGUUUGCAGCACGGAUGAAUACCAUGGGCAGAGUCCUAUCUAUCCGUGAUGAGAAUAUCCUCAAAGUAGUCCCAUUUGGAGAUCCAUCAGACAACAAGUUUGACUAUCCUGUGGGGAGGAAACGAAACAAGGUAAACGUUGACAAGCUUCGAUCGGCCGAGACUCAUCUGGAUAUCUUCUGGGAUAAUAUGGACAAGCUACUUUACUCUCAUGCGGGAAGUUUGAAAGGCACGGCUCUGGGGCAACUUUUGUCAAAGUCGUGGACACUGCAGCGUACACCGGAGUGGAUUGAACCAGCAGCCGGAAAGAAUGACAGGGGAAACGAGGUCUCGCAGCAUAGACCUGAGGUUCCUACGAAGCCCUUUUCUAACCUUUUCAUCGGCCCCGACCCACCGUCUGCAAGGAAAGAAGUGCUUGCUGGAGGAACUGCAAAGUCCAAGGUCAAGUCUCGAGGGACUCCCGUGUCCGUACCGGAGAACAACUCCGAGGUUCCGGCGGACCUGGGCGAUGCCCGACCGGAUUCUCAACCUACAUUCUUGAUAGAUUCACGAGCCUUGAAAGUUUUUCGCAUUGUAUUCUUCGAUCCGACAGCCAACACAACGCCCGGCGAAGUCGCGUGGAACGAUUUCCUACAUGCUAUGAGCUCAGUUGGAUUCGGUGCCCAAAAGUUGUAUGGGUCUGUAUGGCACUUUCAACCGACCAAGCUGGAUGUUGAAAGGAGCAUACAGUUUCAUGAACCACACCCUCGAGGCAAGAUUCCGUUCCUGACAGCUCGUCGGCAUGGUAGGAGACUCAGCCGAGCUUAUGGGUGGUUCGGCGGUAUGUUUGUAUUGAAAGAUAAAGCCGUCUAG